CUGAGGAGUGAAAAUGGUUUGUGACGGCGUUGUGUGUGUUCCUAUCGAACAAAGCAUUUGUGUUAGAGAGCGCGCCAAUAGAAUAGAAUUGUGGCGGGCGUCUUAUGUUUCGAACGGUGGCAGAGAAGACGGUCCAAUAGUCAACAGGUGACGUAAAACGUUCUAUCGAAUAGCAGACGAGCGCGUUCGAGACGCCCAAUCAGCGCAGGGCGGCGUUAUGGCUUAAAAAGGCCGCGUUCGCGCGCGCCGUUUAUUCUAUUUUUCUACCCGUGAAGUGCAGAGUUCGACGCUAUGGCAAGAACCAAGCAGACCGCCCGUAAGUCCACCGGUGGCAAGGCGCCAAGGAAGCAGCUCGCCACUAAGGCUGCCCGCAAGAGCGCGCCGGCUACCGGCGGCGUGAAGAAGCCUCAUCGUUACAGGCCCGGCACCGUGGCUCUGAGAGAGAUCCGUCGUUAUCAGAAGUCUACUGAGCUGCUCAUCCGCAAGCUGCCCUUCCAGCGCCUGGUGCGAGAAAUUGCUCAGGACUUCAAGACCGACUUGCGUUUCCAGAGCUCGGCCGUCAUGGCCCUGCAGGAGGCGAGCGAGGCAUACCUGGUCGGUCUGUUCGAGGACACCAAUCUGUGCGCUAUCCACGCCAAGAGAGUGACCAUCAUGCCCAAGGAUAUUCAGCUGGCCCGCCGUAUUCGCGGAGAACGCGCUUAAACCACAACUCUGU